AUUGAAAUCAAGUCUCUAUUCAGUCGACUUAUACUUUGAACAUAUUGGAACUCUUCGGACUUAAAGUUCUUCAAUCCCGUAUCUAUCAACCAUUUAAACAAUUUAAAAAUUAUUUCGAAUCAUUUAGUCCUGAGUCCAUAACCCUUUUGUUCGUAUCUCCCCGAAAUUAUAUAGAUUGUUGAUCAAAUAAUCACUCAAUUUGACUUUGGCAAUCAUUACGAUCAUUUAAAUUGGUGGUUUACAAUCGGUAACCAUCUAAAAGUACUUUUUGUAUUAUAUCUUACUUUUAAACCUACUCACAUCCAGGUAAACAAUCGAAAAUAUCAAGACCGCAAUCAAUCGGUACUUAGCAAUAAUAGACUCCGAAACAAUGGCAAAAGUAAAGAAAGAAACCACAAGCAAAUCUUCUAUCGAAGAGGAAACCAUUCCCAAUGAUACUGCAUCGCCUAAAGAUGCAGAUCAAGUAUUAUCAGCCAGUUCUUCAAAAGAUUCACCAAUUACUGAUGAAACAACUCCAGUACCUACACCAGCCUCGACAUCAACUUCAACUUCAAGUACAAAUACAAAUACACAUACAAAAAAAUCCACGGCUAAAAAUCCUGAUAAACCAAAGGCUUUUACUAUAAAAUAUAAACGUCCUCGUGGUAGUAGAGCAUGUACAGUAUGUCGUUCAAGAAAAGUUAGAUGUGAUGCUGAAAUUCAUAUCCCAUGUACUAAUUGUAUAACUUUUGGAUGUGAUUGUGUACUUCCUGAAGCUAAAAAGAGAGGUAAUUCAUCUGGAGAUUCUAAAAGUAAACGAAAACAAACUUCAUCAGUAUCUAAUUAUGAUAAUCUCAAUAAUAAUUCCAAAGAUUCAUCAGAAAAUGUCGAAUCAGAAUCAACAGAACCAGUAUCUGGUACAAAUUCUAAUGAAAUUCCUUCAUCAAAUUCAAGAUCAGUUAUUGCUACAAUAUCUUCUAAUUCAGUUAAAACUCCUCAAAUGGUAUCACCUUCAAUAACUUCUACCACCACAUCAACUUUACCUGUAAAUAUAACAAAAUCUUUAUCUGGUGGUGGUAAUGGAUCAAAUUCUUCAAUUAAUGAACCAAUGCUUAAUAUUUCUCAAGUAUCAGUACCUCCUUCUUUAAGUUCAAGUUAUAAAAAUAGACCUUCCAUGCAUAAACGUGAUCUUUUAGCUUCAAAACAAAAAACUUCAUUAACUUUCUUAGGUCAUUCUUCAAUAGGUUUAGUACCACAAAAGGAAGGUGAUAAUCAUAUUCAAUUAACUGAAGAUGUAUUUGAAACUAGUGAUAUUUCUCUUGAUUCAGUUGAAUUAGAAAUCUUAAAAUUAAGAGGAGCAUUUCUUUUACCAUCUCAUGAACUUUGUUUAGAUUUAAUUAAUUCAUAUUUUGAACAUGUUCAUCCAUUAAUGCCGGUUAUAAAUCGAACUGAAUUUAUGAAGAAAUUUAAUGAUCCCAAUGAUAAUCCUUCAUUAAUGGUAUUACAAGCAGUAUUAUUAAGUGGAUGUCGAGUUACUAAUAAUCCAUUAUUAUUAGAUUCAAAGGGUUCAUCUAAUUUAGCUGCUUUAACAUUCUUUAGACGAGCUAAAGCAUUAUAUGAAACUAAUUACGAAAGUGAUCCAGUAUCAAUUAUACAAACUUUAAUUCUUAUAGGAACUUAUUGGGAAGGACCUGAAGAUGUUACUAAGAAUUCAUUUUAUUGGACAAGAGUGGCUGUUGGUUUAGCUCAAGGGUUUGGAUUUCAAAGAGAUGUUAAUAAAUCAACCACUUUAACAAAUAAUGAAAAGAAAAUUUGGCGUAGAAUAUGGUGGUGUUUAUUUGAAAAGGAUCGUAAUGUAGCCAUUGCCUUUGGUAGACCAUCAGUUAUUGAUCUUAAUGAUUGUGAUGUACCAAUGCUUACUAUGGAAGAUUUCGAUGAAAAUGAUUCAGAAACUGAUACAGUAUCUCCAUAUCCAGUAGAUGAAACUCAAGCAUUAUAUUUUAUUCAUUUAGUUAAAUUAGCAGAAAUUACGGGAAUUAUAAUUAAACAUCAAUAUAGUGUUAAAUCAGAACAAUUAAAGAGAAAGAAUAAAUUUUCAAUUAUUCAACAUUGUGAUAUGUUAAUGGGAAUUUGGUUUACUAAUUUACCUCCUCAAUUAGUAUUUUCUUUAACUGAUACAACAACUCAAAAUUUUUAUUCAUGUUUAUUAAAUGCUCAAUAUUAUAAUCGAUUAUAUCUUAUUCAUAGAUCUAAUUUGAUUAGAAUGGCUAAAUCUUCUUCGGCUAAUCCAAAUAAUUAUAAAUAUCCUUCAUGGGGGAUUUCUUUCCAAUCGGCCAGAAUGAUUUCUAUAAUCUCCAAGAUUUUAUUGGAUCGUAAACAAAUUAAAUAUUGUCCAGUUAUGUUUGUUUAUAUUGCAUUUAGUGCAUUGGUUAUGUUAAUUUAUCAUGUGGAUUCUUCAAAUAGUGUUAUUGCUUCAACAGCUGCUGAUUCUUUAAUGACUUCUCGAGCUGUUUUGAAAGAAUUAACUAAUUUCUUUCCAAUUGCCAAAGUAUUAAUGAAAUUAUUUGAUAAAUAUGCUAAUGAUAAGAUUAAACGGGCCAGAGUGAUUGAAAAUGGUAAUAGAAUUGCCGAGUAUCAAGAAUUAACUGCUAAUCAAAAGGCUGCCCGAGCACGAGCUCAAUCUCAAACUCAAACUCAAAUUCAAGCUCAAGUUCAAGCUCAAGCAAAUGCUCAAGCUCAACAACAAGCACAAAUCUUUGGUAAUAAACCUCAACCAUUAUUUAAUCAAGCAUCUCCUGGUAAUAAUUCUAAUUCUUCAGGUAUUUCACCAGGUGGAGGUGUUUAUGCUCGUGACUUUAAUCAAACAACUAAUACUCAUCAAAAGCAACUUAAUCUUGAAGAAUUAGUUCAACAAACCAAAGUUAAAGAAUCUAAUAGUGCCAAACAUUCAGAUACUUCACCUUCUUCAACUCAAUCAUUCCCAGAUGUAACUUUAGUCACCGAAAAUUUACCUACCAAUCAAAACUUUUUUGAAAACUUUGAACCUUCACAAUUAUUUCCUGAUGUUAGAUAUAGUUAUCCUCCAACUCGAGCUCAAUCACCUAGUGCUCAUUUAGAUUUGGACCAUUCUUAUAAUCAAUCUCAACAACUGCGUACACGUCAUAAUGAUGAUCAACCAAUGGUAGGCAGUAAUGUCUAUUCAAGUGGGUUGACCACAAACUCAGUUAAGGGUAAUGGUAAUGGUAAUGGUAAUUCUAAUGCUCAUGAUGUGAAUACCCAUACUGUUGGAGAAGAACAAUAUCCUCCAACCACUCCAGGAGGGACUUUUAAUACGAACUUUAUUGAUAGUUCAUUCCUUAAUAUGAAUUUGCAAGCAGGAAUAGAGAGCAACUCAUUGAACGAUGAUUUAAGUUCUUUAUUCAAUUUGCAAUAUUAAGUUUAUGAUCUAACAUAAGUUAUAUAUAUAUAUAUAUUUGUAUAUAGUUUGCUUUUAUGUACUAUAUGAAUAUGAAAUGGACGGAAUUUAUCGCCAU